AUGCUGCCUACGGUCAGCGCGCAUCAUGCUACUGUUGUUGUGCAUGCUAAUCAGACGGUAGUGAGAAAUGUGGGUGAUGGUGAAACUCUGGUGAACGGCAAAUGCGUGAGCAUUGCUGCUUUGCGUCACGGCGACGUGAUCACGCUCGGCGACCGCUCGCUGCGCUGGGAAUACUCCAAUCCUGAUGUCAAACGACAUCAAUACAAUGAGCCUGUGGUGUUCCUGAGCCGCAUGCCCCGGCGCGUGGACUCGCGGCGCGGGCGGCGCGCCACGGCGGCGGGCGGCUCGCGCGACCAAGCGCUGCAGUUACACCACCGCGGCUCCUUGCCUGCUAGCACAGGUGGCAAACAAGUGGCGAUCGUGCAACCACAAAGAAGAGACAAUAAUGAGCAAAUUGAUAAGACCCCGCGACCACAGCCGCAGUCGAACAAGCGACCACGCUCUAAUGCAGACACCUCAGUAGAAGAGGAUAAAACCAAACGCAAGUCUACAUCACGCGUGAGCCCCAAGAAUCUGUCUAUGCAAACGACGAAGGCGUCUCUCUGGAUCGAGUCUAGAAAGACGAGUCCGCGGAAAAACGUAAAGGCUCGUAGUCCAAGUCCCCGUAAGUCUACCAAGGCUUAUUCUCCUCCGACUCGACCAAAUAUUGGUGUUAGAAGAGUGGUAUCUGCUAAGAAGAGUACACCAUUGCGUAUGACUGUAUUGAAGAAGGCACAGAGUGCGCACAAACUCAGAGUCAUGAAGAUCGAGGCGCCCGUUAAGAUUGACCACACAAAACAGGCGGCGAUUAUGCUGAUGACUGGGCACACGCCCAAGCAAAAAAUAUUAACGUCUAAACCGAAAACGCCUUCUUAUGUGGUAAAGAAACCGAGUCCUGUACGAAAGACGCCUCGCGGCCGGCCCGCCAAGCGGUCUAAAGAAAACGUUACACCUAUUGGAGUGACGCCCAAGAGAGCUAGCACCUACGAACAAACCGCUACAAGGAAGAGCAAGAGGAGCAGUGGAAACCAGUCUGUGACUGUAUUAGAAAUAACAGAUUCUGAUCAACAAAACACAACCGCUCGCGCCAGUAACUCAUCUAGGAGGUCAAGUCAGAAGUCUUUCCAAAAAUCUCCACGGCUGCCUAAUCCAAAGAAAUCGGCCCUCAAAGAUCCCAAGAAAAGUAAUAGAAAGACUGAAUCUAUUAAAUUCGACCUCAGCAAUAUAGAAAAUAUGCAAGACUCUAGUGAUGUGUUAAUGGUUUCUAAUACACUUCAACAAUCUGAACUUGAUGAAA